AUGUCAUAUCUCCUGGCCAUCAAUUGCGGUUCCUCUUCCAUCAAGGGAAAAUUGUUCCGUAUACCAAAAUCGAAAUCAGAUCCAUUGGAAUUCCAAUCCGCUUUGGAAGUAGUUAAUAUUGGAUCAAAAGAUGACAAAGUAAAGAUCAAGAUUACAUGGGAAGAAGGUAAAGGUGAUAAUCUAACAGAAGAAGGAAAGAAUGGUGAUGAUGUCGACUAUGAAUCCCUGAUUCCUUUCUUACUUGACCAUCUGACUUCUUCUGGUAAUCUUCAAAAGGAAGAUAUCAAAUAUGUCACCCACAGAAUCGUGCACGGCGGUAUUCAUACCAAAGGAAUAACGGUGACGAAGGAACACGAAGAAGCACUCGAGGAAAUGGAUAAGUUGUCUGAAUUCGCUCCUCUCCACAAUCACCAUGCUGUUGUUGCAGUACGAUCGUGUUUGGAUGCUUUACCUCAUCAUACUUCGUUGAUGGUAUUUGACACCCUAUUCCACGCUUCUCUCCCAGAAGAAGUAUACACAUACGCUCUUCCUCCUCCGGACAGGGAACUUGCUAUGCCUUUGAGAAAAUACGGAUUCCACGGUCUAUCAUACGCUUCAAUCGUUCAAUCUAUGGCUGAGAAAUUAGGAAAGAAAGUAGAAGACGUUAAUAUUGUCGUGGCACACUUGGGAAGUGGUGCUUCAGCAUGCUGUAUCAAAGGAGGACAGUCGAUUGAUACUACCAUGGGUCUCACGCCUCUCGAAGGGCUAAUUGGCGGUACCAGAUCAGGCACUAUCGAUCCAACAGCGAUCUUCCAUCUAACUGCAAAUCCCGCAGAGGGAGUAGACUUUAAGGAUUACACCGUUUCCAAAGCGGAAAUACUGCUAAAUAAAAAAUCUGGUCUUUCCGCUUUGGCAGGAACUACAAAUUUCGGUACUAUCAUCUCUCGACUUUCUCCUUCAAACUGCAGUAAGGAGGAACACGAAAAAGCUGUCUUAGCCUACAAUGUAUAUAUGGACAGACUGUUGAAUUACAUUUCAUCAUACUUAUUCAAGCUUAUUUCCACAACGGCAAUAGAGAAGAUUGACGGAUUAGUGUUCUCAGGCGGUAUAGGCGAGAAGGGUUCGAAGCUGCGUGAGGAUGUAUUGGAGAAACUAAAAUGGCUCGGUGCGGAAGUGGACAAACAGAAGAACGACGGAAAACACACAGGAAAAGUCACCGAGAUAACCACGGGACCAAGUAAAUUGAGAGGAUGGGUGGUUGAAACCGAUGAAGAGGGCUGGUCAGCCAAAUUGGCGAGAGAUGAAUUUGAUUUUUAG